UUAUUAUAAUAAUCAUUACCAAACAAUGAACAACAAUAUGAACUCCUUAAAUAUUCUUCUACUUGUACUCACUCUUCUAUUCUCCUCCCCCUCUCACGCAACCAUGGACCCCGACUCGAUCUACGAGUCGUUUCUCCAAUGCCGAAACCUCUCAUCCGACGUCGUUUACAGCUCGACCGCGAACACAUCCGCGUACACAACCGUCCUCCAAGCGUACAUUAAAAACAACCGUUUCAACACAACCGCAACCCCUAAACCCGCGGUUAUCAUAACCCCAACAACCGAAGCGCAAGUCCAAGCCGUGGUUCUUUGCGCAAAAAGACUCGGUGUCCAGAUUAAAAUCCGUAGCGGCGGACAUGACUACGAGGGAAUCUCGUAUGUCUCGUCCGAGCCUAACUUUGUCGUACUCGACAUGUUUAACUUUCGCUCGAUCGAUGUUAACAUCGAGGAAGAAACCGCGGUCGUGGGGGCCGGGGCGCAGUUGGGCGAGUUUUAUUAUCGGAUUUACGAAAAGAGUAAAGUGCACGGGUUUCCAGCUGGCGUGUGUCAGACGGUUGGUGUCGGCGGGCAUUUAAGCGGUGGCGGUUACGGUACCAUGCUUCGAAAGUACGGUUUGGCGGUUGAUCACGUGACUGACGCGCGCAUUGUCGAUGUCAACGGUCGGGUUCUGGACCGGAAAUCGAUGGGUGAAGAUUUGUUUUGGGCGUUGUGUGGCGGCGGCGGCGGUAGUUUCGGUGUUAUUUUAUCGUACACUGUGAAGUUGGUUUCCGUGCCCGAGGUGAACACCGUGUUCCGGAUAAUGAAAACGCAAGCGGAAAACGCGUCCGCAUUGGUUCACAAGUGGCAACAAAUCAUGCCCGAAAUUGAUGACGAUUUGUUUCUUAGGGUUUUGUUGCAACCGGUUACGGUUAACCGGACUAGAACCGGUCGAGCGUCGUUUAUCGCGCAUUUUUUGGGUGAUUCGGAUAGAUUAGUCGCGUUAAUGGAUAAAAGCUUUCCGGAAUUAGGUUUGAAAAAGGAAGAUUGUAUCGAAGUUAGUUGGAUCGAAUCGGUUCUUUACUGGGCUAAUUUCGAUUUAAACACGACUUCGCCCGAGAUUCUUCUCGACCGUCAUUCGGGCAAUGUAAACUUCGGAAAACGAAAGUCGGAUUACGUUCAAACCGUGAUCCCAGAAUCUGGGAUCACGUCAAUUUUUAACAAGUUGGUUGAGUUGGGUCGGGUUGGGUUUGUGUUCAACCCAUAUGGUGGGAAAAUGUACGAGAUUGCGGCGGAUGCAACGCCAUUUCCUCACCGUGCGGGUAAUUUGUACAAGAUUCAGUAUUCGGUUAACUGGAAUGACCCGGAUCCUGAACUCGAGGCGAAUUAUUUGAACCAAAGUCGGGUGAUGUACGAGUUUAUGACGCCGUUUGUGUCGAAGAAUCCGAGAGGCGCGUUUUUGAACUACCGGGAUCUUGAUAUUGGUGUGAUGAGUGGAGAUGGGAAGAAUAGUUAUAGUGAAGGUGAGGUUUAUGGCGAGAAGUAUUUUAUGGGGAAUUUUGAGAGACUGGUGAAGAUAAAAACCGCGGUUGAUCCUGAUAACUUCUUUAGAAAUGAACAGAGUAUACCGACUCUCGCCGGGAAGACUUUGGGCAAGUCUAGGAAGAUGAAGUGAAAAGGCGGUUUUAAUCGGGUGUUGCUAAACGUACCACAUUCUUUCGCACAUUUGGUUGAGUCUCACAUGGGUACGUUGUUUAUUGAUAGGGGUAUGUUUAGUUACCCUUUUAGUUUUGUAUUGCUUGUAUACUGUUUAAAAUUUAUGCUCCACACGCAUAUGAUUAUUUGUACUCCACGUAUUUUAGUUUUUUUUUUUUUUUUUUUUUUUUGUAUGUAUAAAAGAAUAUAUAUAAUAAAUAUUGAGAUGAAGAUUCUAUUGUUUUUCUUA